AUGGCGGAAGUUCAUAGACGUCAGCAUGCCAGGGUUAAAGGAGAAGCCCCCGCGAAAUCCUCCACACACAGACAUGAGGAGGAGCUGGGGAUGGCGUCGGCCGAAACGCUGACCGUAUUCCUGAAGCUGCUGGCCGCCGGCUUUUACGGCGUGAGCUCUUUCCUGAUCGUGGUGGUCAACAAGAGCGUGCUCACCAACUACAGAUUUCCCUCUUCACUGUGUGUUGGACUUGGCCAGAUGGUGGCCACAGUGGCAGUACUUUGGGUGGGAAAGGCACUCAGAGUAGUCAAGUUUCCUGACUUUGACAGAAAUGUACCUCGAAAGACGUUUCCACUACCUCUACUAUAUUUUGGGAACCAAAUCACGGGACUGUUCAGCACAAAGAAACUGAACUUACCAAUGUUUACAGUUCUGAGAAGGUUCUCCAUCCUGUUUACAAUGUUUGCUGAAGGAGUUUUACUCAAGAAGACUUUUUCUUGGGGUAUUAAGAUGACUGUAUUUGCAAUGAUUAUUGGAGCCUUUGUAGCUGCAAGCUCUGACUUGGCAUUUGAUCUGGAAGGAUAUGUUUUUAUUCUGAUCAAUGAUGUCCUGACAGCAGCAAAUGGUGCCUACGUAAAACAAAAAUUAGAUUCAAAAGAGCUGGGAAAAUAUGGUCUGCUCUAUUACAAUGCACUGUUCAUGAUUCUGCCUACCCUGGCCAUUGCAUAUUUUACGGGAGAUGCCCAAAAGGCAUUGGAUUUUGAAGGCUGGGCUGACACCCUCUUUCUUCUGCAGUUCACCCUCUCUUGUGUGAUGGGAUUUAUCUUGAUGUAUGCUACAGUACUUUGCACUCAGUAUAAUUCUGCUCUUACAACUACAAUAGUUGGCUGUAUUAAGAAUAUAUUAAUAACUUAUAUUGGAAUGGUCUUUGGUGGAGAUUAUAUUUUCACUUGGACAAACUUCAUUGGCUUAAAUAUCAGCAUUGCUGGGAGCCUGGCAUAUUCCUACAUCACCUUCUCUGAAGAGCAGCCGAGCAGACAGUCAGAAGCCAGUAGCAAGCUGGACAUUAAGGGGAAAGGAGCAGUAUGACGAGGGUUGCAUCGACUGCCCUGGCCCAAGUUUUCGAUCAAAUGGGAACACUGGCAAUUCUUACACAGAUACUGAGGUGUCUUGAUCAUGGAGAAAAUACCGUUGCACUUGUACAAUCUGCGGACUGAUUGCUGCCUUUUAAAAUUUUAUGAGAGAAACUUAUAAUUGACUCUUUUAAAUAUGCCAUUAGAAUUAAUUUAUAUCAGACUGGAAAACGUACUGGGCUUUUUAAUUUAUUUUUCUUCUAU